CCCGAUAAACCUCAUAAACCGAAAGACCUCGAACCGCGCCGACGUAACUUCGAUCCAUAAAGGCUCGGCUAGUCGUCGCCGCAAUCGUAUUUUGGUAAUUGACAACGCUGAUAGGGUUCGAAGAUUUGCAAUUAGAGAGAUAGAGGGAUCCAUAAGGAAUUGCAGAUAGAGAUUGGUGCGAUCUAUCUGCUUUGUGGGAAAUCGGCCCUUGAUUGUUUCAAUCAUAUAGAGAAGUUGCGGGAAAUCAGAAGCAAUGACGACCGCAGCUCGACCUACCUGGGCACCUGCUAAAGGUGGCAACGAACAAGGUGGCACGCGAAUAUUUGGUCCCUCGCAAAAGUACUCAUCCAGGGACAUCGCAUCCCAUACCACCCUAAAGCCCAGGAAAGAAGGGCAGGACACACAAGAGGAAUUGCAAAGAAGGAACCUACGUGAUGAACUGGAAGAGCGUGAGCGGAGGCAUUUCUCAUCAAAAAAUAAAUAUAAUGAUGACAGGGAUCGUGGGAAAGGAAGCCAUCUUUUGUUGGAAGGAACUAAGAGAGAAACUGAAGAUCGCAUUGUUCCACGUAGUGUAGAUGCAGAUGAUUCUGAUAUUGAUGUCAAGAGUGAUGAUGAGAGUGAUGAUGACGACGAGGAUGACGAGGAUGACACUGAAGCUCUUUUGGCUGAGCUUGAACAAAUAAAGAAGGAAAGAGCAGAGGAAAAGCUCCGAAAGGAACGACAACAAAGAGAGGAAGAGUUGAAAGUAAAGGAGGCAGAGCUUCUGCGUGGAAACCCAUUACUAAAUAACCCAACAACAACAUCUUUUAAUGUGAAAAGAAGGUGGGACGACGAUGUUGUAUUUAAGAACCAAACACGAGGUGAAACCAAGACACCCAAGCGAUUCAUCAAUGACACCAUCAGGAAUGACUUCCAUAGAAAGUUCCUGCAAAAAUACAUGAAGUAAAUCAUCGAGGCACCAGCCACCGUGUAGCCUGGGGCAAUGGUGAAAAAAAGUCAGUGAUUUACAGCGAUUGUGUAUUUCAAUUUGUGACUCACUCUGGAUGAAUAUAAGAAUAUUGAUAUUUGCAGAGCAUCAACUCAGUUGCAUCAACCUCUUGUAUGCUAGGGUAUUUCUCAUCUCCCCUGUUUGUUUAAACUUCUGAUCUGUAAUUCGUACCACCGUUUGUUCAUUUUUUUCUUAACGAGAAAACAAUGCAUCUGGUGAUCAACCUUCCGUGGAGACUAAUUAAUUUGAAAAUAUAUAAUUGUUGCUCCUGUA